AUGACCUACGGAGAAAUCGAUCAGUUGGCUAUCAACACCAUUCGCCUGCUGGCGGUGGAUGCCACUUUCAACAGCAAUUCGGGCCAUCCCGGUGCUCCCAUGGGCAUGGCUCCCGUUGCUCACGUUCUAUUCAACAAGUUCAUGCGCUUCAACCCUCAGAACCCCUCGUGGCUGAACCGUGAUCGUUUCGUUCUCUCCAACGGUCACGGCUGCAUGCUUCAGUAUGCUCUCCUUCACCUUUUCGGCUACAAGCUUUCCAUCCAAGAUCUUAAGGACUUCCGCAAAGUCGACAGCAUCACUCCUGGCCAUCCCGAGUCUCAUGAUACUCCCGGCAUCGAGGUCACCACCGGCCCCCUCGGCCAGGGUGUCUGCAACGCUGUCGGCCUGGCUAUGGCUCAGGCUCACACUGCUGCCGUCUUCAACAAGGAUGGUUUUGACCUGAUCAACAACUACACAUACUGCUUCCUCGGCGAUGGCUGCCUGAUGGAGGGUGUUUCUAGUGAGGCCAGCUCUCUGGCCGGCCACCUCCAGCUCGGCAACCUCAUCUGUGUCUACGACGAUAACCACAUCUCCAUUGACGGUGAUACCAACUGCGCCUUCACUGAGGACGUUGCCAAGCGUUAUGAGUCCUAUGGCUGGCACGUCGUCACCGUCGGUGACGGUGACAACGAUCUUGACAGCAUCGAGGCUGCUAUCAAGGAGUCUCAGUCUGUCAAGGACAAGCCUUCUCUGAUCAAGCUCCGCACCACCAUUGGCUAUGGCUCCCUCAAGCAGGGCACCGGCGGCGUUCACGGCUCUCCUCUCAAGGCCGACGACAUUGCUCAGGUUAAGAAGAAGUUUGGCUUCAAUCCCGAUGAGAGCUUCGCAGUUCCCCAGAAGGUCUACGACCUCUAUGGCAAGCACUCCUCCGAGGGUGCUGCCGCUGAAGCCGAGUGGAACCAGCUUCUCGCCAAAUACAAGGAGAGCUUCCCCAAGGAGCACGCUGAUCUCAUCCGUCGGCAGUCCGGUGACCUCCCUCAGGGAUGGGAGAAGUCUCUUCCCACCUAUACCCCCGCCGACGAUGCUGUUGCCACCCGCAAGCUCUCUGAGACUGUCCUCACCAAAGUCGAGGCUGUUGUUCCCGAGCUGUUUGGUGGUUCCGCCGAUCUGACUGGUUCCAACCUCACCCGCUGGAAGGACGCCGUCGACUUCCAGCCCAAGUCAACCGGCCUCGGUGACUACUCUGGACGCUACGUUCGCUAUGGUGUCCGUGAGCACGCCAUGGGCGCCAUCCUCAACGGUCUUGCUGCCUACGGCACCAUUCUGCCCUAUGGCGGUACCUUCCUCAACUUUGUCUCCUACGCUGCCGGUGCCGUCCGCCUGUCGGCCCUGUCGCGUUUCCGCACCAUCUGGGUCGCCACUCACGACUCCAUUGGUCUUGGUGAGGACGGCCCUACUCACCAGCCUAUCGAGACCCUUGCUCAUUUCCGCGCUCUACCCAACUGCAUGGUCUGGCGCCCUGCUGACGGCAACGAGACCUCCGCUGCCUACUACGUUGCCAUGACCUCCAAGCACACCCCUAGCAUUGUCGCUCUUUCGCGCCAGAACCUUCCCCAGCUUGAAGGCUGCACCAUUGAGAAGGCUACCAAGGGUGCUUAUGUCCUGCAGGAGGUCGAGGGCGCCAACAUCACCCUCAUUUCCACCGGUUCCGAGGUCGGCAUUUGCGUCGAUGCCGCUAAGGAGCUCGCCGAGAAGCACAACAUCAAGGCCCGUAUCGUCUCUAUUCCUUGCUUCGAGGUCUUUGACACGCAGUCCAAGGAGUACCGUCUCUCGGUCCUUCCUGAUGGCAUCCCCAUCCUGUCGGUCGAGGUCAUGAGCACCAUGGGCUGGGAGCGCUACUCUCACGAGCAGUUUGGUAUCAACCGCUUUGGUGCCUCCGGCGCCUAUAAGGACGUCUACAAGAAGUUCGAGUUCACCCCCGAGGGCAUUGCCAAGCGUGCCAUCGCUACUGUGAACUUCUGGAAGGAUGUCCCCAACGUGCGCUCUCCCCUUAACCGCGCGUUCCAGCAGCUCAUCUAA